UUUGCAGAGUGCCAGUUGGACUUUUGUGCUACACCACCCUUACGCGUAUAUAUGUGAGGUGUAACACGUCAGCGGCACAUCGUGUAUAUAUAUAACCACCAGGAUGCGUUGUUUAUCAUCAGUUUAGCCAAGCUAACAGCUGAGACAACAUAUUGAGAAACCGAACCAGUUCACCCACUACCGCAUGGAAAGGGCAGCUCAACCUUUAUGUAAAGGGCUGCCACGGUAUACAAAGCUAGUGUACGUCCAUCCGCUGACGCAUGUGUAUUAGUGCUCACAAUGUGGCCGCGAGUCGGGCAGCAGUUCCUGUGGUUGAAUCAGCGAUACUGCAGUUUGAUUACCAAAGUGUGUGUCAAGCAGCUGCAUAGUAGCAGCAGCGUGUUUACAUACAGCUGUUAUGAUGGGCUGUAUCCUGGACACAUUGCUACCACCCCCAUCCAGAAAGCACUGCUGGCUGUUGGGUCAGGUGUGGCUGCACUACAGAACCCUUACAGACAUGACAUGGUUGCAGUGCUUGGAGAAACGACGGGACACCCAGCGCUAAUAAAUCUCAGGGAUAGGAUGAGGAAUGAUCCUGAAGGCUACACUGUCCUAAUAGAAAGGCCCAAGAUAAGACUGUCUACACUUGAUCUGACCAAGCUGGCGUCACUGCCAGAUGGCUCUUUUGGGAGAGAAUACCUCCGUUUUCUGGAGGACAAUCGUGUGACCCCUGAUUCAAGGGUAGACGUGAAGUUUGUGGACAAUGAGGAGCUAGCUUACGUUAUGCAGAGAUAUAGAGAGGUUCAUGAUUUGCUGCACACCUUACUGGGCAUGCCCACUAACAUGUUGGGUGAAGUGGCAGUAAAAUGGUUUGAAGCAGCCCAGACGGGGCUCCCCAUGUGCGUUCUUGCAGCUAUGUUGGGGCCAGUUCGGCUGAAUGCAAGCCGUUUGCAGACACUGUUCACUUCCUUGGGGCUUUGGGCUCUGCAGAACGGCUGGCGUGCCCGCUGCGUCCUCUCUAUCUUCUAUGAAAGGCGAUGGGAGCAAAGCCUGGCAGACCUCCGUGAAGAGCUCAACAUUGAGCCACCUCCUCUAAUACUCAGUGCGUUGAAUAAGAGGAAGAUCUGAGAAGGAGCUGACUAUGAUUAAUGGUUCAGGAAGCACGGCAGAAAGACUUUUAAUAAUGGACAAACCAGAAACAUUUGACAUGUGAUAUGUGGAAUUUUUGAGCCACUUAGGAAAUGGAAAAGUUUCCAACUUAACAAACUUUGACUUGUCCCUCUUUACAGCCCAAGUGUAUUUGCGUUGAUGUCAAGUCACCUUUUACUUUCAAAUGUGAAUCAUUUAGAGUGCUGUUAUUUCAGCUGAUGAAGUUUUGGUGCUGUUUGGAAGCUGAUAAAUAAGAGGUUCAACAUGUUAUGUUGAAAAUAUGUUUUUGUUUUAAGGAAAAAAAUUUUAAAAAAGCAUAAUAUCGGUUGUACUGGUGUUCUUAGUUUUCAAAAGUAAUAAUUAUAUUAGCCCACUAUUUCUUAUAUUUAUACCAAUACUGAGCCAGAUAUUAAAUGGGUGCAUUUGUGACCACUUGUCUUAUUUAAUAGAGCUGUCAAAUUAUUAAGAAACAGUACAAUGCACCUGUAUUUAUACGAACACUAAUGGGUGUGAAAGGAGUACGUUGGAGCUCAAACACACAAUCAUAACAUUGCAGCUGCUGUGUUAUCUUUUGACUGUGUUAUACUGUGAAUACAUUGUCUCUUUUUUGUAAAUUGUGUGUACACUGGUUUGAUUAGGAGUUCAACACAUGUCACAAGUGUCAUAAAAUAAAAUAUUUUGAGGUAAUUUUCUUUCAGCGUUGAUGGUUAAUGCCACAGCUCAGAAAACAUGAAGAGAACAACUUGUUUGCUGAGCCUUUGCAUUAAAUGUUUUGUGUCACCAUGUUGUGCUUUGGACACAUAAAAUAAACAAAAUUAUAUGUUUCAUUUCAAAUAAAGGAGUGAGAACCCUGUUGCUAAUGCCUGCAGCAUUGUAUUGUUGGCCAUGACAUUUAUCAGUUUCUUGGCAACUCAUAGUAUUUGGUUUUACAUCAGCCUGUGUUGAAAUAACAAGGGCAGCAUAAGUGAACUGUUAUGGUACCCUGACAUUGUUGCACUACCAUGACUAUUAUAUGGUGUAACUGACAUUGUUACACCACAGAGUAGUGAUUGCUACAUCCUAGGAUAUCCGCUCCCUAAAUCUUGAGCUGUGUUUUCAGUGGGAUUUCAUCCUCUUAAAGAUUACAUUACGCCUGGAACAUUGAGUUCUGUAGAGCUGCAGUGUACUUACAUGGUCAGUGCUACAUCAAUACCUUAUUUAAAUAUGAAAUAACACUGGUCGUGCAUCAGUGAAGUCACUAUUUGAUUGGUAUUUUUUUUAACUUCCCCUCAGUUUUGUCUCACUGUCUACUACACUCGUUCUGUAUUGUUUGUUAAUGUGGUGUUCCGGAGCAUGCCACUGUUCUUACUAGUUGUGUGUUGCUUAUAUUGUUAGCUCACUAACCCAAACCCAUGUCUAAA